UCCUUCUUAGACUUCCCGUAACCCUAAUACGCAGCAACUCAACAUUUUUUUUUUUUAAUUUUCUUGAGUUUUAAUCAAACAAAACCAAAGAUCCUUUAAAAACACACACAGAAUUUGCAACAAAACUCAGUUUCAACUCAACCCUAGUUUGUUUCAUGAUCUAGUCGCUAUAGAAAAGCUCCGAUUUUAUCUCCGUUCAGGUCAUCUCGCCACGCUCCGUCACCGCCGUGCGUAAACUCUCGGCCGAUUUCACGGUUAACUCGCCGCGUUUUCGGCACGGUGAAAACCUAAGUUUCGAUAAAAAAAACUUUAUUUUUUGUGUUCAGCAAGCAACCAAGCAAAAAAAAAAAAAAAAAAUGUUUCCCUUCGCCCGUGCACCGACAGUCGUGUUGUGGGACACUUUUGAUUGCCCCAUCAUCCCCGAUGAUGAUUUCACUGAAGUUUUUCUGAUCACUAAAUCGGCUCUUGAAGAAAAGGGUAUUAUUACUGGUGUUUAUGGUAGCGUCGAAUUCAGGGCUUUCGUUGGCGACAUGAACGAGUGUCCGGGAUUUCCUGUUUUUUGGAUAGACAAAGCUAAGGGCAAAGAUGAUAGACUUUGGAGCAUCAUUACAUUCUUACUUGCUCAGGCGAAUUAUUAUUCAUCAAGUACAACAUUCUUGAAUUUGUUGCUAGUCGUGGGAGAUAUAUCUGAGCACGAGGAGUUUCAGCGGACUAUUCGCUUAUUAAAUUCCAGAAGAAAAUUCAAUGUUCUUCUAGCACAGCCUCCUCCUCAAAAUGCAAGCUCAUCAUUAGGAGAGGAGCUUUUUGACAAAGACUGGCUCCGCUCCCGUCUUGCAGCUGGAGAACAACUUAUCAACAAGUUGGGCAUAGGGAAAACCUUUGAACCACCUUUGAAACAUAUUCCUUCUCAUCAGGUUGCUCUUACUUCUCAUCAGGUUGCUCUUCCUUCUCACCAGGUUGCUACUAAGUUGUCAUUUGCAAAGCCAUUAUGCCUUAGUAAACAUAUGGCCGAGAGAGCAAGAACAUGCGUCUUCUGGGACACUGUGGCUUACCCACUCCCUGCUGGUCUCCAUUCCGAUGAUGUUUUGCAAAACAUUGAAGAUGCUCUUUCUGAAAGGGGUUAUUCUGGCCGUGUCUCAAUCACGGCUUUUCUCGAUGAUCACCCCUCCCCCCCAGGCUUUACUGGAUGUUACGUCUUUUACCUAAAUGAUGGAGAGAGAGAUGCGCGCCAUUGGCAGAUUGCACUGCACUUGCUUGCUGCUGCUCGUCGCACUAGGAUUGAGCCAUUAAAUCAUAUGCUACUCAUGGGAGACAUCUCAGGACACAUUGAGCUCUUAAGGACUAUCUACUUGUUGAAUUUGAGAUUUUCCUACAAUGUUAUCUUAACACAGCCUCCUCCUGAAAACGCAUCAUCAGGAGAGCCACUUGGUAAGGACUGGCUCUGCUCAAGCCUCUCAGCUGGAGACAAACUUCUCAGCCAAAUCGAACAAAAUUUAAUCAUGAGCACAGUUGUACAACCUUUGACUCCUUGGCAGGAGCGAUACAAAGCUGCAACCACGGUCGUGUUCUGGGACCUUGUGGAUUGCCCAGUACCUGUUGGUCGCACUGCUGUUGUGGCUUCACAGAUCAUUAGAUCGGCCUUUGAAAAAAUGGGUUAUCGUGGCACUGUUACCAUCCAUGCUUUUGGCGAAGUGAGUAAUCUGGAUCCGCUUGUUUCAGAACUAAGAGAUGUGGAGUGUUAUGAUGAAAACACACCCUCAGGUGUAUUCCUUGAAGAUAUGAAUCCAUCCGGAAUCGUGUUUCAUCACACACCCACAGCACAUAAAGACGCUAGACGUGAGAUGAUGCGUGGUGAAUUAGGCGUCUGGGCACUUGCUAAUCAUGCUCCAACAAAUGUGAUGGCUAUCUUACGAGACACCUCUGAAGACAAGAUCUUUACCGGUUAUCUUGACGUAUUGAGAUCGAUAAAUUAUAACGUUGUCAUAGCACAGCCUCGGAACGUGUUAGGCCAGCUUUUCGAUUUGGAAUGGCUUUGCUCAAGACUUGGAGACAGAUUUCUCCCUCGAACGAGAAAUCCAGCCUCCUACGAUAAAUCCCGAUUUCGUUAGAUUUUCCAUGCAGAAUGUCUCUCAAGACUUGAAGAAGUUCAACCUACUACUUACCCUCCAAAUUAAUCUUUUUGUUUGUUCGGCUUGUUUUCUAAAGUGUUUUAUUUGGUUAGCAAAUAAAAAACUCGUUGUGUAGUACUUGUCUCGGGCUCUGUUUGUUCGAAACCUUUCAUUAUUUUGGUGAAUUAAUUUGUGGAGGUUAAGAGUAACGCUAGUUGACAUAGACUACAUGACACGUAUAGGAAUCGCUUAGAGCACGUUUAUCGGCAUGUCUUAGCCGUGCCCCUGACCAUUAAAAAAAAUAAUAAUAACAAAGAUGGAAUUAAAGUGAAGGCAUGUCCCCUAAUUAAGCCCACGAAGUCACGUCUCUUGGGGAGACGUGCUGCAACGCUAUUGGAGAGAGGAACGGUGGAGUCGAGAUUCUUUCUUUCCUUUCUCUUCUCGGUUUCUCUCCUCCUCGACGACAACGGCGAUUUCGAAAGUCGUCUCGUUGGAUCUCGUGGACGUCUCUGUUGGCUUCUAUCGUUGACGGUCGAUCUCGUCGACGUCUCUAUCGGUUUUUCUCUCCCUCUCGGUGGUUCUCUUCGAAGGAAACGACGAAUUCUCUCCCUCUCCGUCGAUCUCGUCGAAGUAACCGGGGAUUUGUCUCCCUCUUGGUGGAUGUCGUCGAAGGAAACGGCGAUUGCUCUCCCUAUCGGUGGCUCUCGUCGAGGAUGGAAGACGGUGACCUGUCAAUCGGUGGCUGUCUUCGAGGAAGCAAAAUGGCUCUGUCUCGCUCGUGGUGGCUCUCUAAGACGAAGACAAACAGCGAUUGAUUCUGAAGGGAAUCCAAAGAUGGAUGGAUCAAGAGGCAUGAUCCUGGCAUGAUCCAUGAUUGAUCAAGAGGCGUGAAGUGGGCACAAAACCUGUCUCUUUGUCAGACAAAACCAUCACGAUUGCAAAGGUUAUUGUUCUUCUGAUGCAGAGUGGAGUGCUCCUGUGAUGCAGAGUGGAGAGUUCUUGUCGUGUCGUCGAGUCUCUUGUACUCUUCUGUCACGAGAGUGGAAGAGUGUGACGAGUCUAUCUUGUUUUGUUUGUCACGAGUUUGUCCUAGUCUUGUAGUGUUGUGUCACAUGUCUUGGAAUGUUGUAAGUCUUGUAGUGUUCUGUCACAUGUUUUGUAGUGUAGUGUCCUGAGUCGAGUCUUGUUCUCUAUAUAACAUUAGCUUAUGCAUACGUUUUCUUUCACAAACUGAUCUCUCCUUCUCAUUUUUACAAAGAUCAUCUCUCGUUCUUAACAAACAAAUCAAUUCAUCUCCUUUCAUUUGAUCAUCUCCUUCUUAACAAACAAAACAAAACAAAGAUCAUCUCUUCUUUACAAACAAAGACCAAAUGCAAUAACGGCUGGUUCUCUCCACGUAUUCUCACGGACCAAGUUCGAACAAGCCAAACCAAACCAGGACCAUCACUUUACUUGAUUCUGAAACAUUUCAUGGCGUCUUCUUCUCAUAACGAUUAGUUGGAUAAAACAUUUGAUCAAUAUUUUGAUCAAACAUUCGAGAAUCUGGUCAAUGCUCACGGUGAUCAAGAAACCGAAAGAAAGACAAGGAAAAAAUAGUUUUUAUCGAACGAAAUCGCGAAGAAGGUCAUCCCCAGUUAUGGAAUGAUUAUUUCAGUGACACUUCAACAUGUCCAGAUAAUCUAUUCCGACGACGAUUUAGAAUGAACAAGCCAUUGUUCAUGCGUAUUACCGCCUCUCCAAUGAAGUUCCAUUCUUCCGUCAAACGCAAGACGUUACCGGAAGGCUUGGUCUCUCUACACUUCAAAAGUGUACGGCAGCAAUUCGUGUCUUGGCAUAUGGUUCUGCGCUUGAUGCGGUCGAUGAAUACCUCAGGCUCGGUGAAACCACAGCUCGGUUAUGUGUGGAAAAUUUUGUGGAAGCAGUAAUAGAUUUGUUCGGUGAUGAGUACCUAAGGAGACCAACGUCGGAUGAUCUUCAACGUCUACUUUAUAUUGGAGAGCUUCUUGGGUUUCCCGGGAUGAUAGGAAGCAUCGAUUGUAUGCAUUGGGAGUGGAAGAAUUGUCCCACCGUUUGAAAAGGGCAAUAUUCUCGUGGUUCGGGAAAACCCACAAUCGUUUUAGAGGCAGUUGCUUCAUAUGAUCUCUGGAUAUGACAGGUGUUUUUUGGACCUCCAUGUACCUUAAAUGAUAUCAAUAUUCUUGAUCGCUCAUAUAUUUUUGAUGACAUAAUAAAAGGUCAAGUUCCGAAAGUGCAUUUUCGUAUAUUUUAAAAAUCUCAAGUUUUUACAUUUACCUUAUGUUUAGUGUCUGUUUUGAACAAGAUCACAUGUGUUUUCCAUGAUGUUAGAAGUCUUGCUAUUCUCUUCAAUCCUUUAUUUUUUAGUCAUUCCUUGUAUUGACAAUGUUCAGGCUGCGUCUUUGGUAAAAACUGGUAUUGAAUUCUGUA